AGGCUGCCCCGCCCCCGGCCCGGGUCCGGCGGUCGUCGGGCGCGAAGGGGCGGCCGCUGGGGCAGGAUGGCGGCGGCGGCAGCUGCGGGUCCCGGCGCGGGCGCGGGGAUCCCGGGCGCGAGUGGCGGCGGCGGGGCGCGCGAGGGUGCGCGCGUGGCGGCGCUGUGUCUACUAUGGUACGCGCUGAGCGCGGGCGGUAACGUGGUCAACAAGGUGAUUCUGAGCGCCUUCCCGUUCCCAGUCACCGUGUCUCUGUGCCACAUCCUAGCGCUGUGCGCGGGGUUGCCGCCGCUACUGCGCGCCUGGCGCGUGCCGCCCGCGCCGCCCGUGUCCGGUCCCGGACCCAGCCCGCAUCCGGCGUCCGGCCCGCUGCUGCCGCCGCGCUUCUAUCCGCGUUACGUUCUGCCGCUUGCCUUUGGCAAGUACUUCGCGUCGGUGUCGGCGCAUGUCAGCAUUUGGAAGGUGCCGGUCUCCUACGCGCACACCGUCAAGGCCACCAUGCCCAUCUGGGUGGUCCUCCUGUCCCGGAUCAUCAUGAAGGAGAAACAGAGCACCAAGGUGUUGAGGGACUCCAGGAUCCACCACCUGCGGCUGCUCAACAUCCUGGGCUGCCACGCCGUGUUUUUCAUGAUCCCCACGUGGGUUCUGGUGGACCUCUCCACCUUCCUGGUCAGCAGUGACCUGGCCUAUGUGUCUCAGUGGCCCUGGACACUGCUGCUUUUGGUGGUUAGUGGCUUCUGCAACUUUGCACAGAAUGUCAUUGCCUUCAGCAUUCUCAACCUAAUCAGCCCACUUAGCUACUCAGUGGCCAAUGCCACCAAGAGGAUCAUGGUCAUCGCUGUGUCCCUCAUCAUGCUGCGCAACCCAGUGACCAGCACCAAUGUGCUGGGCAUGAUGACUGCCAUUCUGGGUGUCUUCCUGUACAACAAGACCAAGUAUGAUGCGAACCAGCAGGCCCGGCGCCAUCUCCUUCCUGUCUCCACGUCAGACCUAAGCAACAGAGAGCACUUGCGGAGCCCGAUGGAAAAGCCCCACAAUGGUGCACUGUUCCCCCAGCAGGGUGACUUCCAGUACCGCAAUAUCCUCCUCACGGACCACUUCCAGUACAGCCGCCAGGGCCACCCAAACUCCUAUGCUCUCAGCCGACAUGAUGUCUAGGCCAGGUCAGGCCUCCCGCACCACCUUCUUAAGCCCAGCAGCUUCAGAAUAUUCUGGCAGCCUGACUGAGCACGUGACACAUGACAGGCCAUCAGGGGAGCUCUGGGUCCUGGCCCCUGAUGGGCUGCAGGACGUAACCUUAGUAUGGACAGCUGCAACCUCUGGGCAGAAAAAAAGAGCCACAGAGAGACCUGGUUUGCCUCCAGCGAGAGGCUGCUCUGUAUUCGUGCACAGGGUCGCUCCUGGCGUAUUUCAGAGGUCUGGUCUGAACUUCUGGUGACAGUAGGGACACACUCUGUGGAACUGCUAUCUCUGUGACUACAAUCGUGAAAGCUAACAGGAGGUGGCAUCUGGGGCAUCAUGGAAAGGACAGCAGGUCUAUAGCCCAAAGGGAUGGAGGGCUGACAUGGGUGGCAUUACCUGUCCCCGACGGUUCCAGAAUGCCCCAAGGCAGUUGGCCACUUGCAACUAGUACUGCCCAGGGCCAAACCUACAGUGACCAUCAGCCCAUCAGCUGUGACCUUCUGCUUUGUGAGUGCCAAAGUAGGACACAGCCCUUGGCCUCGGGGGUACCUUGGACUCUAGAGGAGCUGCUUGGCUGCCCCACCCUUCUGAUGGCACAGAAGGCCAAGUGGUGGCGAUGACAGUUUCCUCAGAACCUAAGUUUCUCUGGGGGACAUUCGUCAGUCAUGCACUAUGCCAUGGCUAGUCAGCGGGAGGGAGCCAUGUUGACUCACUUUAAAAUAGGGGAUAUUUGUUGCUAGAGCCAGUCCCUCCCAGCUCAGUGGUGGCAGCCACAGGAGCAAGAAGAGGUAUCCACACUCCAAGUAGAGUGUUGCUUGUCAGUGAGGAGACCACGUGUGUGUUAGGAUUUGAACUGUGGCCCAGUAAAUGGGACACCAGGAAGGCCUUGGUUUUUUUAGUGAAGAAUCACUUUGAGGCUGGGUUGGUAGAGUGCCUGCCUAGAGUGAGUGGGGCCUUAGCUUCUGUUCACAGAAUACCACAUAGUGGUACAGGCCUGCCAUCCUAGCACUUUAGAAGCAGAUGCAGGAGGAUCUGGAGGACAAAGUCCUCAUCUACAUAGUAAGUUCCAGAGCAGCCUGGGCUACAAUGAAAGCCUGUCUCAGGAAAAUGAUCAGUGUAGGAACCUGUCUUAGUGGUACACAUCUAGGGGCUGAGUCAGGAAGAUGGCCAUGAGUUUGAAGUUAGUCUAGGCUACAUAAUGAGGCUUUCUCUGAAAAGCACAGUUUAGGGGUUCAUCCUGGCAGCCCAGGUACUUAGGUACUCAUGAAGCAGAACCAGCAGGCUUUCCCAAGCCUGUGAGCAUACGGCUAGUGUGACAAUUCAAGGAAAACCUGCUGGCAAGCAGAAGUGUAGGUUGAAGGGGCAUCAGGCUCAGCUGGGGGUAUCAGUGGGUCUCAGGGUUUUUGGUUUUGAGACAGGGUCUCAUAAUACAGACCAGGCUGGCCUUGAACUCAUGGGACAUACCUGUCUGCAACCCGAGUGCUCGGAUUCUUUAAAAGCAUGGGCACCACAGCCAGAUGGAGUCCUCCUCACUAAGCCUCCCAGGUUGACCUUUGAUUCUUAGCAUUUGUGCCUCCUCCAUUGCUAAGAACUGAAAUGACAGUCAUGGCACCUCAGUCCUUAACUUGUGAUUCUUUGUGUCCCUCAGCUUUUGAUUACUUGGGAGUUUUUAUAUUGAAGGUUAGUUUAUUACCUUAGCCUCCUGCUUGCCUGAGACUCGGCAACCCCAGCCUCGGGACAGUCCCAUCUGCCUCGCUUACUGGUUUUCAGAUGUUCAGACCCCGCCACUGAAGAGUGGAAAGGAGGACCUUCGUAAGGUAGUCUGUUGGGUUUUCCUCACGGGGGAAACUUGGCUUGAGACACCUGGCACUGCAGAGGUCUCCGUGGGUGACCCUGACUCUGAUCUGGACUCAGAAUGAAUUAUGUCUUUUUGGAUUACCAAGAUGUUCCUGUAAUUUGUGUAUUAAUGUAUUUUUCCUUUUCUAGGGAGCAAAAAGGCCUGUCUUACUUUUCUUAAUGGUUUAUAAAUUAAUAAAUGGGAUAUACUUAGUUCUGUUCAUAGGCUCGCAGCAAGUGUGAACCCUGGAAUGGAUGAGACAAUUAGGGUAGGCCAGAUUCUCAGAUCAAAAGACAAACAGCUGGGGCGACAGCUCUUGCUAUGGUGCUUACCUGCGUGCAUGAAGUCCUGGCCACUCUCAGCACCACAUGAAAGAGUGGCACAUCUGUCACCCCAGUACUCAGGAGGCUGGGGCAGUUAGGAUCAAGUUCAGUGUAGAAUCUGGCUAUAUAGUGAACUGGAAGCCAGCCUGGGCUAUAUGAGAGAAACAACAAACAAAACAUACUUGACAUACAGCUUACCUCUGUUCACUCAAAGUCCCAUUCGCCCUACUCAUGUCUUACCAGCCCUACCCCACUAGAUUCACCUCUCCAGUCCACCUAUGCUGUGGUUGAUUAUAGAAUUUAUCCCUUAGCCACAUACCCUUAGCCAAAAUACUGAUCCUGACCUACCCAGCUCCUUCAUUUUACAGAAGGGGAAACUGAGGCUUCGAGUUGUGAAUAUCUGUCCAUUAUUAGAGCACUUGGGGCUUUUAUUUCUUUGUGAUAGUAUCUGCCUAUUUAGCCCAGGCUGGGCACAGUAGAAGAUGCUCCUCCAGCCUUGGCCUGCGUGCCUGGAGGAGCCGCCAUACCCAGCACAUUACUUUGUCAUCUAUUCUAGGGAAACCCAAAACUCCCUUGAGAGAGGCAGCAGAUGAAGGGAAGUACUUGAGACUUGAUUUCUCUGUGUGUUGGGAGGAUUAUGAGCAGUGGGCUCUUCAUGGCCAGACCCAAAGCUCCCAAACCUCAGGUCUGAAACAGGAAACCUGCCAUGCUCUUGCUUUCCAUUGUUGUCAUCCUGAGGAUCCUGUGUCAGACUGUACUACGGGAGUAGUGUUCCUGGUUGGCAUUAACCAAAAAUAAAUGGUGGUCUCCAGGG